UGAGCCGCUGCUGCUGUUCACUCGGCUCUCUGCUCUGCUCUGCUCUGGGAGAAAGCCGCCGACUCGGAUUAUCCAGCUCGGUAACGUUAGCUCGUCGGCUAACGGGUCAAAGGCAGCAACCGAGACGAGCCAUGAGAAGCCACUGCUGGAGCCGGUGAAAGUUGGUCAGGGCCGUUCAUGCACGGAAACACACUCAAAAGGAGGUUCUCGGAUCAUGCCGUCGCCUCGACGGGAACUUUUUCUCUAGAAUCUCCACUUGGGAAAGGCUAGCUUAGGGGAGCUAGCGAGGCUACAAACUAUUUUUAAUUGGCUUUUGGGCUCAAUGGCUCCUGCUUGUUUUCCCUGUCACAGCGACAGCUCGGAGAAUUAAAACGGGGAGAGGCCCCGGGGAACUUCAUGACAAGCCAAAAGCCCCGGCUUUGAAGCGUUCACUUCGGAAAGAACCAGACUGGCAAGGGACCGAAAAUGAAGAAGCAGUUCAAUCGGAUGAAACAGCUCGCCAAUCAAACAGUUGGCAGAGCGGAGAAAACAGAAGUCCUCAGCGAUGACCUCUUACAGAUCGAGCGGCGCAUGGAGUUGGUGCGCGUGGUGUCCCACAACACACACAAGCGGAUGGUGUCAUGUCUGCAGGGACACAUCGGUGCCGACGCGGAGAAGAGACAUUCCGUACCACGCCUCUAUACAGGAAAUGGUCAGAAAAAGCUUCCUCUGACCGCACUCUCCCAGGCGAUGGUGGAAGGCGGAAACCAACUGGGAGAAGACUCCUUGAUAGGGAAGAUGAUGGAAGUGUGCGGCGAGGCAGAGAAUCGCCUGGCAUCAGAACUGAUGCAACAUGAGCUGCAGAUAGAGAAGGAUGUUCUGGAUCCUCUCAGUCAGCUAGCAGAGUUGGACAUUCCCAACAUCUUGAAGCAGAGGAAGCAGCUGGCCAAAUUGGUGCUGGACUAUGAUUCUGCCAGAGCAAGAUGGUUGCAGGCAACCAAGUCGAUAAUCUCAGGAACAAACACUCAAGCACUGACGGCCAAGGCUGACCUCCUCAAGGAGGAGAUGGAUGAGGCCAUGAACAAAGUGGAGCUUUGCAAGGAUCAACUUGCUGCAGACAUGUAUAGUUUCUUCUCAAAGGAAGGGGACUAUGCCUGCUUCUUCGUAACACUCUUAGAAGCUCAAGCCGAUUACCACAGAAAGUCUCUCACUGUCCUGGAGAACGUCCUGCCAACCAUCCAGGCUCAGCAAGACUCGUGGACAGAGAAGCCGGCAUUCGGCACUGGGCUGGAGGAACACCUGAAAAGGAGCGGAAGGGAGAUCGCUCUGCCAAUGGAGGCCUGCGUCAUGAUGCUUCUAGAGACCGGCAUGAAGGAGGAGGGGCUGCUCAGAAUCGCAGCCGGGGCGUCCAAGCUAAAGAAGCUAAAGGCAGCGCUGGACUGUUCCACUUCACAACUGGAGGAGUUCUACUCCGACCCCCACGCUGUCGCUGGAGCUCUGAAGUCCUACCUGAGGGAACUCCCUGAACCUCUCAUGACGUACCAGCUUUAUGAUGAAUGGAUCCAGGCCUCCAGUGUGUCAGACCCAGACAAGAGGCUCCAAGCGCUGUGGGUUGUAUGUGAUAAGCUACCAAAGAACAACAAAACCAACCUGAGGUAUCUGGUGAAGUUUCUAGCCAAACUUGCUCAGGACAGCGAGGUCAACAAAAUGACUCCUAGCAACAUCGCCAUCGUCCUCGGACCCAACCUGAUGUGGGCCAAGACUGAGGGGAGUCUGGCGGAAAUGGCUGCAGCUACCUCUGUGCACGUGGUGGCCAUUGUGGAGCCCAUCAUCCAGCAUGCUGACUGGUUCUUUCCGGAGGACGUGGAGUUCAACGUGUCCGGCAUGUUUGCGAUGCCUACGCCUGCCUCCAACCACAACAAUCACCUCGAUUACGACAGUGGCACCAUCGAGAGGAAGAGGCCCGGCAGCAUGGUGGGACCGGAGAACGACGCAACGCGCAAAGACAACACCCCUAACAAGUACUCGGACCACACCCUUCGUAGGGGCAGUAACACCUUAGGUAGAAAGCAGCACACCUCACCCGCCUUCCAGCCUCCUUUACCCCCCGUGGAGGCCCCGGGGCAGGGGCACGCGGCGGCGGCGGCGCAGGCCCCCCAGCCCUCGGCUGAGACCCCGCCGCAAACUCAGUCAGGGGGUUCAGGGCCUGACGCUUCCCAGCAAAGCUUGGCACAGAGUCUGGCUGCGCUCGCAGCCGCUCAGCAGCUUCUAGCCCAGCACACAGAGGAGCUCAGUAACUCAAAGCAACGUGACUCCACGGCUGGCCCAACCCCGCUGCUCCAGAGGAAUGGCUCUGGAGGAGGGGGACACGCUGCAGGGCAGCUGGGCACUGGGUCCCCCGGGGCUGGAUCCAUGGGGCCCAGUCCGCAUACGAUGCGUAGAGUUCCAGGUACCAAGAAGCAGGCUCCUGCCCCUCCCAAACCAAUGAACCCUCCACCCAGCCAGCCUUGUAAUUCAGUGAACCACGCCUCCUCCUCCUCAGGCUCGUCCCAUUCCCUCAGCCCCAGUCCCAGACCCUUGUCCAGCCACUCGCCCACCUCUCCCACCUUACAGCCGUGUGCCACGCCCAGACGCCACUCCAGCAACCAGCCCCCGAUCCAAGCACCCAGCCACCCACCUCCAGAGCCCCCGUCACCGGCCAGCCCUCCAACCCAGCCCGCGUCACUCGGCCAGCCCGGUGGGGACCAGCAGGGCUCGGACCCCUCGCCUCCGGGCACCCCGACCCCUCCAGACACCCCUCCGCCUUCCGCCACUGCCCAGGAUGUAGCUCCUCCGUCCCCGUCUCCCUACCAGUCUGGCUCUCUUCCCCGGCCGCGACCCGUCCCCAAACCCCGGAACAGACCCAGCAUCCCACCGCCCCCCCAGCCCAGUGCACUAGCCGGUGACACCAAUGGGAUCUGCGCCACUACCUACAAGAUGAUAGGUGAGUGGUGUCUCUCAUUUAGUUACUGCAGCUAAACGUUCACCGUUUCCUCUCUGCUGAAUACGAAUGUGCUCUCUUUCUAACACUGUUGCAUUGUACAACCUCCACAGGUUAACGAGGCACUUUUGAGAGGUUUGUUGUUAUGAACCUUUUCAUUAGCAGCACCUUCUCUUUUUGUUUACCUCUAGACAUGUUAUUGCCUGCUGCCUCCAUCAGUCAUCAUGUGCCUACUGAAGCCCUGAUGCACGACUGUCACACUGUGUACCACAGGGCCGGAUCCCUAAAUUCUAUUGCUUUACGUACUUACAUUAAUGUUGCAUCUCCUGAACCAACACUGGGCAAGAUCCUGUUCCCUCCAGAAGGUUCAUGAAUCAGUAAUCUAAUGCAGAACUUCAUUUUUAACACCAGAAAAUGGGGGCAUCGGUUGAGCCGCAAAAAAAGACCACCGUAUGCAAUAUGACACGUGUUCCAUCAGGGCUAUCGUUUAUCAUGAGUCACUCAUCGCCAUUCACAGUCACUGAAAUGUUAUAUCAUUAGUCAUACCAUAAGGGGUUAAAGCUGAGGCCAAAUACAGGUUUACAAACCCCCGACCGUCGGUGGGUCGACGCCGGCAGCAGCCGUGACCGGACGCUGUAUGUUUUGGUCCGUCCGUCCAUAUGCAUGUCUGUCACAUCCUUGUGAAUGCGAUAUCUCAGGACCGCCAUGUUGGAGUUUCCUCAAAUUUGGCUCAAACGUCCCCUUGGCUUGGUGGACUGAUGAGGAUUUGUUGGUCAAAGGCCACUGGGUCCUCACAUCUGUCCCGCCCUCAUUGAAAGCAAAACCUCAGGAGAACGCCUGGAGGGAAUUUCAUAACAACUGACACAAACAUCCGUUUGGACUCGAGGAUGAACUGAGGAUUAUAUUAUUAUUAUUAUUAUUAAAAUAACAUUUUUGUAGCACACCUAACUGUGACUUUAUGGCAUACUGUACUAUGGCAUACUAAGGUAUCACUUUUUUUGGCAUUCUAUACAACAACCUUUAUUACAGUUUUUAUGGCAUAUUCUAUGAUGACUUAUUUUUGACAUACUAUACUAUAAAACAUGUUAUGGCAUACCUUACAAUUACAUUAUUAUGACAAACUAUACGAUGACUUUUUAUGACUUGACAUACAUCCAAUCACUUUUUUUACAUACUAUAUUAUGACAUUUCUCUGACGUACUACACGAUGACAUUUUGGAAGGCAUACCCAAUUGUGAGUUUUAUUUGACAGAUUAUACUUUGACAUUUUUUAAUGGCAUACAUUCAAAGACGUUUAUGACAUACUGUAGUGUGACAUUUUUGAUUGCUUUAUAAUCAAUGACUUUUUACAUGACUUUGUUUGACAUAUGUGUGGCAAUUUAUAUGUCUUACUAAAUUAUGACAUUUACACUGACAUAAUAAACUCUGACAUUUCUUAUGACAUACUAUAUAUACACUAUGACAUUUUGUAUGAUUUUGUGAAAUACUAUACCGGGCCAUUUUUUCACUUCACUUCAUUUAUUAUACUACUCUGGACACAGACAUCAACAUAAGCUGCAGCUGGUUGGCGGAGUCACACAACCGCAAAUCAGUAAUUCUACUUUGAUAAUGUGAAUAAUUCCAUAUCGUUAUUCAUUGUAUGACAUGAUUCAUACAAUGUGUCCAUGUGUCAAGCAUGUGUAACUCAUGUGCAUGUCCUUGUCUUGUCACUAAUAUCCCGGCUGAAGAUGAUACACAUGUUCAGAUCGAACAGUCGGCUCUUAUGUCACACACACGCAGUCAAAGAUUUAGCUCUUUCGCUAAUUCAAAUCUAAGACUGUAGAUUCCCAGUUCUGAUCACACAGCCGAGGAGAUCAAAACUGCUUCACCACACUUCACAUUUUCCAUCCACUUUCACUGCUUUCAGUGUCUGGUGGAACACCGCCACCUGCUGUUCAAUAAUCCGCCCCCGGCUGUGGUGCUGCUGCUGCUUCAGCUCUGGAAAAUAUUACACGGCUGCAUUGAAUGGCAUAAUUGCGACCGCUUUUCAUACUCCGGGGACAAAGCCCCACAUGUUUGUGAUUAUGGCCACUGUUCAUAUGAUGUGGGCUUAAAUAGUGCAUUUAUCUUCUGAGCAUGUUUAUGUAACACAUUAACCAUGAGCACAAGCGGUUACUGAUCUUUUCUAGUAGAUUCAAUCAUGUGCAAAACAUGUUUAUGAUAAUUAUCAUUGUUUGUUCUUCACUGUCUCCUCAAUGUGACUUUUUCCCCCUCGUCCUCUGUCUUGCU